CCAAGAAUCAUUCGGUCUCUGUCACAAUGACUAAAUCAAAAAAUGAAGUAUGAAAUGAUUCUAAAUGAGAAGACAUUCAUUAAAUUAGUCAUACACCAGAUAACUGUGAUUACCAGUACCAAGUUGUUCUUUGAUUCUGAAACAUUCAAUAAUUGUACCAAUAAUGAAACAUCAUGUAAAGAAGGACACAUUUGCCUAUGCAGCCCUAUUGCUUUUGCUGUCACAACUCUAUCCUUUUCCAUUAUCUAUUUCUAUCCCUAUUAUCUGUCACUGUUUGAAUACUCCCUCUGGUUUCACUGUUCGUUUGUAAAGACUCAAAUUUCAGCACAUACAAAAUGGGAAGUCAAACUUUUUUUUUUUUUUUACUGUGCUGAGCAAUUUUGUUUCCUUUUUCUGCAAUAUUAGGAUAUUGUGAAGGCAGUUUGGUUACAAAUGUGUUAACUCAGUUCUCAGAAGGUUAUGCCAAGUGUUUAGAGGUACACACGCACAUUAUGAGCAUGGCAAUAAGGAGGACGAUAACGCUUCUGCUUCUUUUCAUCUGGACUUGUAGCAGCAAAUUCUGUGAAACAGGUACUAACAGCACACUGGACUGGGCACUUACUACUGGUGAACAUUUCCAAUGUCGAAACAAGAACAUUGCCACAAUUAUAAACACCAAUCAUGUUGUACCAUAUCUAACUGAGGUAGAUCUUUCCAGUAAUAAACUCAGCAGAUUACCGCAUGAUUUUCUUGUAAACACAACCUCAUUAACGACCCUCAAUCUCAGCCACAAUCACCUGCCUGAUCUCCCUCCAAGGUUUUUGGAGCACUCGACCAGUCUAAAACAUUUCAACCUGGAAGGAAACCCUCUGAAUUCAGUCCCGUCCACCAUAUUUGAAAAUAAAGCCCUGCAGCAGGUGGUGGUGGACUGCAGGUGUGACGUUGUGCAAAGUGCAAGAACACACUGUCCCGAGAAACAGAACUGCACUGACUUUCUAAAAUGUUCUUCAAACUUGACCAACGCUUACAGUUUCUAUGACGAGAAUUGUUCGAUUAAUAUUGGACUUGCAGUCGGUCUUAGUCUAGUGUGUCUUGUGGUUGCUGUCGUUGUGAUCGUGGCUGUGAUCUGUUGUCUGAGGAGUUCUUCAGAGACAAUCACACCUUCUAAUGGUAAUAAAGAUCCAGCAAACAGAAGGCCAGAAGGCCAGAAUCCUAGGUACGCCACCACGACUAUGAGUGAGACGUUUUCGCAGAACCAGUUUUAUGAAAACGUGGAGGUUUCUGCCCCAGCCAUGGCACAGAACAUUGAGUAUGAAAGUGUGGGCAUGAGUACAAACCAGCAAGCACAGGGGCUGCCCCCCCAGAGUGAUGAUGAGUGCUACAUGCAGUACGAAACUCAGGAUGAAUCCAUCUACAACAAUGACCCUUCUGUGUACUACAACUACUGCAGCUCUGCCAAUCCCACCGAAGAUGACGUCUACAUCAUGCCUGAUCAGUAACACAUAGCAGUGCGUGUGGAAGACGUCACUAAAACAAGUGCAAUGAAGGCUUUAAAGUUGCAGAAUCUCAGGCACACCCAGGAUUUAUUCUGCACUGGACUUCAUUGGAAACAAGACACUGUGGAUUCCCUCAUAUGCUAAUGUGCUACGAAGGCAGGUCAGUUUAGUGCUAGCUUCCUCUCUGGCUCCAGACGUGGUUGUCUUUCCAGUUUGGUUAUGUUCUCUAAAGACAGUUUUACUUGUAGCAUUGCAGGUUUCCAUCCUCCCUGUAGUCCCUCUGUAAUUGAAUGGGAUAUAGUUUUGCUGACCCUUUACCUUUACAUAUGCUUGCAAUCAUUCUCCGUGUCCAGUGCUUUCACCCGAGAUCAUGAGCUGCUCUUCAGUUCUAGUUAGCUGCUAUAAAUAGCAAGAUUAGUGACAAGAUUAGUCAAAGAAGUCAGUUUAGAGGAGUAAGAGCCAGCACCAUCUGAGUUGCCUUUAGUUUUUGUGGCAAUGUGCCGCUGUGCACUGGAUGGGGUUUUUUAAUACGAAUACACUUUGGCUGAAGAGACUCUUUAAAAGCACACCCUAUUUGAGUAACUGCAAUAAGAACCACUCAGCAUUAUUAUGAGCAUCAUACAAAUGACAUCUGAAAACUCACAGCAGAGCGAUGCAAGCCCUAAUAACAUGACCGGGCCAUGUGAACAGGGUUUUGCACAUUGAAAAUAUGAAUUCUGCUUGAUAUUUACAUUUAAUACGUAAAUAAUAUGCAUAGCCAUUUUGCUUCUUGUCAGCCACACUUUUGGAAGGUAAAUCUAUCUAAUAAAUACAAUAUUCUGUGUUUGGAAAGAGUGGGGUGCUUUAUAUUGCUAAAGCAAGGCUCAAUCAGGAACACAAUAUUAUCAUUUCUUUAGGAGUAUAUACUGUAAUACUGUAUGUGCACGCAGGUCUUUUGUUAAGUAGGUUCCAUCUGCAGCAUUGGAAUAAAAUAAAAGUUCUGUUUCUGUUUUUGCUUCACAGCCAUUUGUGGUCAAUAAAGUAAAAAAAGAAUAA